GAGGACCACCGGUGACCGGGAACUUGCUAGGGUUUCGUCCAUUUAUAAGCCAACGAUCCCUUCGCUACUCUGUCUCCCACCGCCGCCGCCCGCCUCCUACCAUUGUCUCCCAACACAAUCAAUUGUCGAAACCGCUCCGAUGGUGAGUCGCCAAGUUUUGACGCUGCACCAUCAUCGACUUGUAGGGAUCAAGGGCCAACGGCAACGCCGAAUCUAAGGAAUCAGAUCUACGAUUAAUCCAGGAAAAAGUCAGACCAUGUCCGCCCGGUUACAAGAAGGCGACGAGCAAAGGGGAACAAGGAUGCCAAAGCGUGGCCAUGAGCGACUUUACCUUGUCUUUGAUGACUGGUGCCAUGGAUACAGCAUCCGCAUGGUAAACUUGUUGCAGCAUACUGCUGGCUCAGGCCAUCCAGCCCCGGUGCAUUUUUCCGAGCCUUUCUGCCGCAUAAUGGCGCCUCUCGUGUCGUACUUCACGUCAGCCUUUGGCUCUAAGAUUUUGGCGGUGUUUUCCAGAGAUCCCGAAGCUGACUCUGAGAGCUACUUCCCAAUGUUGGACGUUCGCUCGCGGUGCGUCACCUUUGCCCCUGGGCAGGGAUGUCCUAUUCCUCCCAUCUACUACCUACCUGUCGGCAACGAGUUAUUCAGUCUGAGCUUCUGCUCCUUCGAGAUGCUCUGCUCGGAGGAGCUCUCCCCUCGGUUGCAGGAUCAGUCUUGCAGCAUGGCUUGGUCAUGGAAACAGCUCUCUGAGAAACCGCCAUUCUAUGUUGAUAACGUCACCUCCUACUCUUUGCAUCCUCAAGAACGGACCUUCCUCUUCAGCACCAAGACUGGCGCCACUGAGGCCACCUACACCUUUGACACCGAGAAACGUUCAUGGAAACUCCUUGGCUAUUGGAAGCUGCCCUUUGCUGGCUGCGGUCACUUUGACCUGGGGCUCAACUGCUUUGUCGGGCUCUCCAAAGAACCGAACACCCUUGGACAACUUUACAGCUGCGAAGUGCCCAUCUAUGACACUGAUGAUGUGAAGCUCUGCAAGGAGAAUCUGUUAAGUGAGCGCCCAAUUGAUAUGCAUGUUGGUGCUACCCUUGUCUACAUGGGAGGCAAGAGCGAAUUCUGCCUCGUACAGUGUGUCAGCCUUGAUCAGGACUGA